ACCUUUGGCGGCUAUUGCGACAGCCAAGUGAAGCAAGCGUCCAUGAAUUCUAAAGCUACCCGACAGAGUAUGCUUCGACAAUAGUCUGUUGCACACCUGACGCUACAUGACGUGCCUCAAAUAUCACUUUUGCCUGAAAUAGGGGACCACGUCACUCACCAUACAGAGUGAACCGUUUAGACUAGACUAGCAGCGCCAUCUAAAGGAGAUAUUCACGCUACUGAACAUGUCGUUUGUAAUACCUCCCCUACGAUUACAACUUCAGCAACUAUAGAAGUCGCAGACACUGUGUUGCCGAUUCCCUUACAUCGGUACUCUGACCUCCUUCAAUCUAGAUGGCGUUGACUGUCAUUCUCUUUUCCUCCCUGUCCCCCACUCCUUCCUGCUGUCCUCCUCUCCAUCUGUUCACAUCUGCACGCCGCUCAUGGCCGCAGUUGUUUCGCGGCGCGCGUGCAGCCAUGGGGAUAGCAUCACGUUUGGCUGUAUUUUCGCUAGGGGGGGGAGUCUCCCCCCCCAGGCACGUACUAGGCGGUGCGGGCGUCGAAACUGUGCCUCGGGUUAGAUCAGAAGGUCCUCAGUAAAGAUGGCGGAUCGCCUUCAAGAAACCGGCUAUAUUUAAUUUUUAUACGUUUUACGCAAUAUACGAGGGUCAUUCCUGUUUAAUUUCGUUACUAAUUAGCUCCUCUUUCACGUAAAAUCAUUUCAUUUUCGUUUUUAUUCGUUUUUCUAUUAAAAAAAGCCAGUGGUCCCGAUACGGAACAACAUCCCUUGCACCUUUGUCACGGACAAAGUAGGAACACCCGACAUACUUGCACGAAAUAAACCCCUAAGCUCAGCUUUGUAAAGAAUUACGCAGAUCGCAAGCGACACCUCUCCGACGCAUUUUUUUUCUUCAGUGGAUAUAUGGCACACGGACGAGUGGCAGCAGGAGGAACAUAUAUUGGACUGGCGGAAGAUUCGUAGAGGUGGCGCUGGUCUAGCCGUAGCGAACCUGUCUCGUGAACACAUGCCACGAGGCCAACGCAGCUCGCACGCGGUACAUACCUUCCAAACCUUUGCAACGGAUCGUCUGCUACGCCACGCUCGUCUUUCCCAUGGCCGACAAGAACCCUAAGACGGACGCCAAUGCAUUUAAAACGAGGGUCGCCAAAGGACAGAGCCGUGCCGGGACACCAGAAAGGGUGGCCCCUAGCCGCCCCAGGACUCCUCCGCGAGGUUCCAGAAAGAAAGCCGACGAGAAGAAGCGACGUCAGGAGGAACUAGAGGUGGCGAACGUCCAGGGCAACUUGUACCGCUACUCUCUUUCGUUAUCUGACUUUUCACAUCACCGACAAGACCCGAAGACGCCGCUCGGUGCCCGAACGGCCGCUGGUGGCAAAAGUGCCUUUCAGCAGUUCAAGACUACAGCGUUUCCAAAGACAGGUGUGUCUCCUAAGCAGGCUGACCAGGCGUACAAGACGGGAUAUCUUCAACAGACCGCGGCUGCAGGUGGAAAAGAUGAGAACCAUGCUGAUAUCAAGGCGCAGCUCCGGGAGCUGGCAAAACAGGACCCCGACGCAGCCGUUCGGCUGCGUGCCCUCUACCCGGACAUAGGAGGGCUCGAAGAGCGCAAACAAGAGAUGCGCGCGAUUAAGGGACGGGUUCCGGACGGGACGCACUCGUCAUUGAACAAAGAGUGUCUCGUGGCGCUAAUAGUCAUCCUCGCUCAAGUUAUUGGCGUCGCCCUGUUCAUCUAUGCAUUGCAGAACUUCUUUCGUGAAGACACUGCCAGCACGGUAGCGGGAUCGUACGAUCGUACGGCCGAUCCUAGCCGCGACGAAAACAGCGGCUACGGGCCAGUCUACACGAUGUCGGCCAGGCGCCGAAGGACGCAUUCCGACCGUGCUCUUAAACGAAGAGGGAAGAUGCCCCAGCCUUCCAGAUCCACCACGGUGUCGUCGAGAUCCAGCAGCUCCGGGACGCAUAACCGCACGACGAUGUGUGUGUUUCAGUCGCGAAGUGAGGGUCUCGCCGUUAACGGCCGUGCGUACAGUGCCGAUAACUUCAUGUACGAGUACUGCGACGUUGUCAUCUACUGCUGUCUGAACGUGGUCUCAGGAUACGGGAUCGUUCCUCGGCAGGGCCAGGAGGCUAGCUUCGAUAAGUUCCGUGUUACCGCCACGAAAAGCCGUCACGUGAAUAGUGUCGGCGCUGCUGUGGGAGGACUCGAAGAUGAUGCACUUAUUCGAAGACUAUUUGAAGCUUCCGUGGACGAAGCCCAGGACCACUUUACGAAGCACGCUGUAAACUUGGCCGUCGCCAAAAAGUUCCAACGGAUCUACCUCUAUUGGCCCAUGUCUCCGGGCUUCAAAGUCGACAACGCUGCGGACGCAUUCAACAGGGUGCAUGCCAUUAUGUCACGUGCCAAUAUCAGCAUGGGUCUGGUAGUUCGACAGGGCUUCGAGCUCCACGGCUUUUACAGUGUUGCAGCUCAACUGGGCGACUCCCUGGGACAUGCGUCUUUGUUGGUCGUCCCCCCAUCUUACGUGGCUGGUGACUUUAGGCCUCGAGUGCUUACAUACUACAACGGGCUGAACAUUGCGAAGAUGGCGGUUCCUGCGGACAUCACUGUGGACGGCGCUGCGACCAAGGUCUGCGUCCUCCUUCCCGGUUGGUCGCUGGUAUCCCACGUGACGAACGCCACGUAUCCAAUCAGACAAACUCAAGCGAGUGUGGGACCUGGUCCAGGAGGACCGACGACUAGAACAGGAGGGCACUGGGCGUCGUACGAGACGUGCCACGCUGUAGAGUCUUGCGCGACGAGGGACAGUUGGCUGUACUUCAUGUGGGCCCUCUGCAACGCCACCUGGAUCAGUUAUCCGACUCCAGAUCUCCUCCUGGACUUUAUAUGUGCUGUUCAACGUCGGACGGGACUCACCUGCUUCGGGUUGUGGGAUUCUGACGCUGAUGACUUCGCCGAUUCUUGCGAAGAAGGCGUCUUCCCUUUAAUGGAGGCGGUCUUCGAGAUACCUUUGAGGUCUUGCCCCAACAAGACGUGUAACUCUGACGACUUUCCGUGUUGAGAGCUAUAUAUUUCUAGUUCUAUUUCUGUUUCUGUUUCUAUUUUCUAGUUGUUUGUAGUCUAGUCGUGUUGAGCGAGCAUUGAUAUGUAAGAUUGCAAUAGGAUUCAGAGCAUUGGAUGGCAGUAUAUUCAGAAAUACAAAACUCCACGGACGCUGGC